CUUUCUUUGAGCACUACAGCAUACCAGACGUGCACGGUUCCACGUCUUGUGUCUGAUAUACCGAAGACAGUUCAUAAAAAGUACCAUAUCGAAAAUGAAAACCGGUAUCAGUUAAAUAAACACCGCAGGUGACUGAUAAUACAUCACGAACAAGACAGUGAAAGGAGCAACGGAAAUGGGAUUAAGGUAUCUCCAACACGUUGUCACGAGUUUUUUCUCCAAAUAUAAGAAGAGGUCAGGCGCCGGUGCGCACACUACGUAAGUUGACGCAGUCCUGCUGUGCAACUUUCUUCACCUCUUCUUACAAGACGUUCUUGAAGAGGAGCCUUAUCAGCUAACUGUCCCAAGUAGACAAUUUAGAGAUGGGCCUCAAAAGCUCUUCAGCGACCACUUUAUCUAAACUACGGAUCCAUCUCUGGGUGUCCACUUUGGCUCUUCUUGCCCCUGCCAUUGCUCUAGGAAAGCCCUACCAGCCCGUCGAUAUUUACCGCACGUGCAAGGUGACGCGGGACAGUACCUGGAAUGGCCUCAAAGUUGACUGCACGCAUAGGAACUUGUCUUCCUUUCCAACACUUCCUUCGAACACAACAACUGCAAUUUUAAAAGGGAACAUUUUCAAAAACCUGAAGAGGCAAUCUUUGGCUCAUUUAACUGAACUGCGGGUUUUAUGUCUACGUGAAUGUCAGAUAAAAAAGAUUGAUCAUGAUGCUUUUCAAUCACUUGGCCAGUUAAAUGAACUCAAUUUGGAAAGCAAUGGACUUAGGAACAUGUCAUCGGGACUUUUACGGCCUUUAAAACGUCUCAAGACAUUAUGUUUAUCUGGCAACAGGGACAUUCUUGGUAAUGUAUUUGAAGAUGCGCGGAGAAAGAUGUUUCAGGGGCUUGAAAGUCUCGAGAAUUUGCACUUGGCUAGCACAGCACUGACCGCUGUACCGAGUGGAAUGUUUUCGAAAAAUCAAAAUUUGUCACUAAUAAAUCUGUCAAACAAUAAGCUUAAGAGGAUCCCCGAAGACAUAACAGCCCUGCCGUAUUUAAAGGGAAUAGAACUAUCGGGCAAUCAAAUAUCAUCUUUGAGACUUGGAAAUCCAAUUAACUCUGCGAGUGAAUUACACGUGUGGCUAAAGAGCAACGCAAUUAGCAAAAUCACACGAGAAGACAUGAAAGCAUACAGUCGCAUACAUGGGCUAACACUGGACAUUCAAAGGAAUCACCUGACUCACGUGGCAACUGACACUUUUGCUGACUUCAAAUAUAUCUCUGGCUUAGUCUUAUCUGGUAACCCAAUUUGCAAGUCUGGCCGCCAUGGUUCAAAUUGUAUAGGGCUUCAAAACCUCACCAAAAGCUUGCAUUCCAUGUCAGUCAAUUCUUUAAAUCUCGAUAAAAUCGGAUUGAAUGUCUACAAUUUAACCGGUGACUAUUUUGUCCAUCUGAGUAAUUCUAACGUCACAGAGCUUAGUCUAAACGGGAACACAAUGACCGUAGUUCACCACACAGCCUUUCUGCCACUUAAACAUCUCAGGACAUUAAAUCUCGGCAAUUGUGACAUAGAGACAUUUCAACUGGUAAAUCUUGGCCAACUUCAGACAUUAAAACUUCCCAGUAACAAACUGCAAAGUUUUGAAAUAUUGUCAGAAAUUCUAGAAAAAUGCCUAAAACUGAGUGAGCUGGAUUUGUCGUCUACAUUUAAAGAAACAGGCGACGAGGACUGUGUUAUCAAGAACCAUGGUUCCCUACGGUCGUUGACUUUGUCUAGAAACAACCUGUGUAAAAGUAUCGUCCUGAGGAACAUGACAUCCCUUCAGACUGUGAAAAUGGCAAAUGUUACCGCAAAGAAGAGCUUCAACAUGGCUAAACAGCUACAUAUGAGUAUGUUGCCAAGUUUGACAACAUUUGAAUUUCAGAAUAACAGAGCUUAUCUCUCAAAAAAAGCUGACAUCUUUAAUAAUGUCCCGACGCUUACCGAGUUAUGCCUCGACAACAACCAGUUUUACAGAAUAUUAUCCAUAGAUCUUGAUAUUUUAAGAGAUCUCCUCAGACCCUUACGACACUUACGUUGCUUAUCACUGACUGCAAACAAACUGACAGAAUUGCCGCUUGGAAUGUUUGAUGGAUUGGCGAACCUUACCACACUUGACUUGAACCUCAACAGCCUUCGAUCGCUUCCCGUGGAGAUUUUUCGUCACCAAAGGCAAAUGACCGACCUUCAUUUGGAUCGCAAUUCUAUUUUUACGCUAAGUGGGCACAUGUUUGCAAACCUUACCGCUUUGAAAAACUUUAAUUAUGCGAGGAACAAGAUCAUUUGUGAUUGUAACAUUAGGUCAUUUCAGUCUUGGCUUGCCACCACAUCAGUCAAUGUACAGGGUCCCAGGGAACUUUGCUUUGGACCCGAAUGGGCACAAAAGACGCCAAUUAAAGAGUUUCGUCCUUCAUGGUUCGCUUGCGAUGACCACAGUGUGUAUUUGGCCGCCAUAUCGGGAGGAUGCGUGUUUUUUGUAAUUUUUCUCUCUGCUGUCCUCUAUAGCUUCCGCUGGGACAUCCUCUACAUUUACGCCAUCUACCGAGCAAGCGGUAAGAAAAGCAAAUUGGGAAGACGUGAGCCACAUAAGACUUAUGACGCCAUUGCAAUGUACUCUCCCACAAGCGUCACUUGGAUAAAGAAACACCUUAUACCAAACUUAGAAAGAGGCGAAGACAUCAGAUUUAAACUUUGCAUUAACGAUCGAGACUACAUCGUUGGUGAUCCCCUGGUGGAUAAUGUCGAAACGAACAUGGAAAAAAGCCGACGAAUCCUCUUUCUGCUUACGAGGGAGUACUUCGAAAGUCAGUUACACGAAACGGAGAUCAACCUAGCACAGGUCAAACUAUUUGACGGCUUUGUUGACAAAAUCAUUUUUGUCUUUUUGGAGGAGGUGCCUAAGACGACUUUUAAAGAGCCUCUGAAGACCAUGAUGCGUCACGGUAAUUGUCUACAUUGGCCCAGAAAAAAGCGCGUGCGUGAGCGAACCAUCUUUUGGAAGCGUCUCAAACUUGCUUUACUUGAGGCGAGAUACCCCGUGAGGCCAGGAGAGAAAACUCCCCUUUUAGUCAAUGAAAAUAAUUGA